AUGUCUAGUGAAUUGUGUCCCGUCUAUGCCCCCUUCUUCGGCGCUAUGGGUUGCGCUGCUGCCAUCGUUUUCACCUCGCUCGGUGCAGCUUACGGUACUGCCAAGUCCGGUGUCGGUAUCUGUGUCACCUGUGUCUUAAGACCAGACUUGCUGUUUAAGAACAUCGUCCCUGUGAUUAUGGCUGGUAUUAUAGCCAUCUACGGGCUGGUCGUAUCCGUGCUGGUUUGCUACUCUUUGGGCCAAAAACAGGCCCUGUACACCGGGUUUAUCCAACUUGGUGCCGGGCUUUCGGUUGGGCUGAGUGGGCUCGCUGCAGGGUUUGCCAUUGGUAUUGUCGGUGAUGCAGGUGUCAGAGGUACCUCCCAACAACCAAGACUGUUUGUCGGUAUGAUUCUUAUCCUGAUUUUCGCAGAAGUGCUGGGUUUGUACGGGUUGAUCGUCGCUUUGCUGUUGAACUCGAGAGCUACCCAGGACGUUGUCUGUUAG